CCCCUAAAAACUAAAAAAAAAUAAAACCCACACCCUCGGGGCAACAUGAAACAAAAAAUCCCCAGGCACCAGGUUCUAAAGCGCAAGGCACUGAAUCCCCGAGCGUGAGGCACCAACUCCCAGCACAUACUACCUUGUCAAUUCAUUGUCACACCACUCAUGCCAAUUUUAAAUCCUAGUUCCCAUGGAAAUUUUUAAUUUUAUUUCAUCAAAAAAAACAUUUCUAAAAAUAAAAUAAAAAAUGCAUCUAAAAUCGUCAAAAACCCAAACCCGGGGCAACCUGACCCAAAAUCCCCACGAGGAAACAACAAACUUUCACUUCAUCUCCUCAUCUGAUCACAACCACUUUCUCAAAAAUCACCAUCACAACUAAUUAAAAAAAACCAAAGAAAAGCCCAAAAAUGACGGAAAAAUUCCUUGGUUGCAUUAUUUCCAUAAAAACCAAAGUAAACCAACUCACGGGCGGCGUUCAAAACAUAAUUGGCACCGUUCGAGAAAUUUCCCUCUCCCCGACGGCCCUAAUUUUAGACGAUGCCAUGUCAAACGGUCAAGUAUUACCCGAUGGCUACGUCGUUUACUCCACGACAAUCUCUGACCUGCAAGUGAUUGGAAAAUCCACGUUGCCAAGGAAACCGGAUAAUUUUGUAAAGAAUGAUUUGAAUUAUUCCCCCUCGACGACGGAUGGGGGGGCGAGCGACGAGAGCGAUGCGGACUCGGCCGAUGACGAGGGGAUCGAGGAGGAGGUCGUGGUUGCUAGGGAACUCCCGCAUCACAAAAUAGCGAAACCGAAACCAAGGAAAUUUGGCCAGGAAGUGGCGCCGUUUGAGAAAUUGGGCGUUUUGAGGUGCUUUUUGGGAUCAAUUAAUCCCCCGGCGGUAGCCCCCCCACAAGCUCCACCCCAAAAACCCUCCAAUAAACAAACCUUCCAGAAAAUAAACAUGUCCGAAUUGAGCCAGGAAUUCGAUUUUGAACAGAACAAUUCACUUUUUGCCAAACUCCCCGUGACGACCAAACCCCCAUCCCAACCCUCCUCCCUCCCCCACUUCACCCCCCACGACACAACCUUCACCUCCGAGCGUUUGGUCCCCUCCACGACCCUCAAAAACGUGAUAAAAUAUUUCGUAACGGACACGGGGGUGGGUGUGCCGGGGGUGGACCUCACUUCCAGGAGCAGGAUUUUAAACUUGGCAAAUUCCAUGGGGUUGCCACACGGGAAAAUGAUUGAAACCAUGGCAACGGCCGUGGUGCAAUUGGUGGUCCCGUUGCUAGGGAAUUCUUCAAGGUUGAGUCCGGAGAGGUGUGAUGGGGACCGGCCGUGGGUGCUGGUCCUGGGGGGGCCGCAUUGGCAGGGAGCGGUCGGCAUAGCAACGGGACGGAUGUUGUCAACGCUUGGGGUCCACGUGGUCGUUUAUUCCCCGAAAGAAGAAUUAACCGUGGUUGCCAUGGAAGAGAAAUUGUACAAACUUUGCGGGGAGGCUUUUACACGGGUGGAGAGUGAAAUCCCCCCCCUGACCUAUGACGUCAUCAUCCACUCCUCCCACGACCACCUGACCCCCCAGUUCAACUUGCACACCCCCCACUCCUCCCCCCACGUGGUCUACAUCGACCCCCCUCUCACCCCCACCACCUACAAAACCCCCAACCGAAAAACGACCAUAAUCUCCCCGCUCCUCCCCCUCGCCUACAAAAUCGAAAACGGGGUAAAACACUACGUCGUCAACGUGGGCGUGCCCGCGGGGGUUUUUUCAAAAGAAGGCGCCAAUUUUAAAAGUUUUUUUGGCGGGAAAUUAGCCAUUCAAAUUUUUGAUUUAAAGAAAAAGUAAUUUUAUUUUCGCGGUCUUUUUAUUU